AAAGCAAAAAUAAUAAUAUCACAUGGCCUCUCUGGGUAUUGUGCCUUGCUGAGCCAAAAUAUUACUAAUAACUAAUAUAUAAACUUUAGGUAAACUGCACUCUGGUCCAUACUAUACUUUUUUUUUUUUUAAAGCAACCCCAGAGAGACUGCUCUGAAUGUGUACUUUGCUCUGUUCGACCUGUUUAGUAAACACACAACUCAGUAGGACGAGAAAGAAGCAUUUUUUUUCCAGGCAGUCCUCGAGGGCUUACAACAAUUUUUUGAAGCAUUUCACAUUGAGGAUGGAAAACCGAUCAGCUGUGAAAUUGGACUCCGGUCAACCAGAUUUUGUACAGUUUAAUAAUCUUGCGUGUGAAACAGCAGGAGGGAAGGUGAUUUUUGCAACAGAUGAGUGGUUUGCUCCUGCUCGAAACCUCUUAAAGAGGGAGCCUGCAGAGUUCCUUCCCUCAGCUUUCACAGAGUUUGGGAAAUGGAUGGACGGUUGGGAAUCAAGAAGGAAAAGAAUACCAGGUCACGAUUGGUGCAUUGUGCAGUUGGGAGUUCCUGGUGUCGUUCACGGCUUUGAUGUGGACACGUCGUUCUUCACGGGAAACUACGCGCCUUCCAUUUCUAUUCAGGCUGCCUGUCUUGAUGGACUGGUAUUGCCGUCUUUAGUUCUUGAGGGAGACCGUACAGGAAUGGCUGCUUCAGAGAGCCAGUUUGAAGCUGUGGCUCAGCUUCACUCAGAGAGCUGGGAGGAGAUUGUACCAGUGAAAAUGCUGAGGCCUGGAUACUCUGAUUCCUGCCACAACUUUUUCAGUGUCACCUACCCCCAUCGAGUCACCCACAUCCGCCUGAACAUGUAUCCUGAUGGAGGUAUUGCAAGAUUGCGAGUGUAUGGAGUUGGACAAAGAAACUGGUCCAGUGUAUCCAGUCAGGAGGAAAUGGAUCUUGUCACACUGGUCAAUGGUGGAGUGUGUGUGGGUUACAGCGAUGCACAUUUCGGUCACCCACGCAACAUGAUAGGUUUGGGACGGGCUGACAGCAUGGCCGAUGGGUGGGAAACAGCACGACGCUUGGAUCGUCCCAAAGUGUUGACAAUGGACGAGAAGGGCAUCUUACAGGUCCCUGGAUUUGAGUGGGCCAUCUUCAGACUUGGGCAUCCUGGUGUGAUCAGCAGAAUUGAGAUAGACACCAAUCAUUUUAAAGGUAAUUUUCCUGACUGGUGUAAAAUUGAGGCCUGUAGUUUAACUCCAGAGGAGGAGCAAACCUAUAUAAGGCACAAGUGGAGCAGUGACAAAGGUCCCACAUGGAAAAUACUUCUUCUUCCUCAGAAACUGAAGCCUCACUACAGGCACUUGUACUCUGGGGAGUGUGUGCUGCAGUGUGGGAGUGUAAGUCAUGUAAGGCUCGUAAUUGCUCCUGAUGGAGGGGUCAGUCGGCUCAGACUCUGGGGUCACAUCAUCUCCAGCAAGUCAACUAAUCCUCAUCAAAUCUCAAAACUCUGACCAUUAAAACUACAGCUCUGAUUCCACAGAACCAUUUUGGUGACAUGGUGGUUAUUUGUUAUGAAAUGAACACAUUAAAGCCAUGAGUUACAUUUCUUGAGAUCUGUUUUUGGGGCCUUGAUCAUGGCAAUUCUAGAUAUUAAAAUCAAUGAAACACAGAGAAAUCUACUGAAUAUUGACUAUUGUGACCAGAGGUACCUAAGUAUGCAAAUGGCAUUAUAUUACACUCAUUCUUGCCUAAUAAUUAACUGGAGGUAAUUAAGUAUUAAUAUCCUGCAGCAUAUUAACACAAGGGUUCGAGUUACAUAGUUUGUGGUCAUGUAGCUUUGAAAUAUGAACUUGUUAUGUGCCAGUGUUUAGAAUUAUCUCAGGUCCAGUUGUCUUGACCUCUACUAAUAGAUGUAUAAAAUGCCCUAAAUAAUUACAAAUGUUAAGAUGCAUUAAAUGAUUGAUAACAGGGAAAAGAAUUUGUAUUCAUGAAUUGACUGUACAAUGAUUACAAUAUGCCAUAAUAGGAAAUAAACGCUGCCUUAAUCCAAACCAGG